AUGUUACACAUAAGAUCCGCAUUUAUGUUAUUACUGCUCCUUUUGUUCUAUCUUACUGCAUGUUUUGCUGCUGCUGCAGGCGUCCUCAAAGACAAAUCCAUCUGGGACAUCCUCACCACAGAUGAGCGAUUCUCCGUGUUUAUCGCUCACAUUGAAGAACAGAACCAAACAUCGGCAUUCAAGGACGUCAAAGCAGGCACAGUAUUCGCUCCCACAAACAAGGCAUUCUACGUCUACUACGAUGAACUCUUCAAACGCAAAAUCACUGGCGAACAAAUCUUGAACCACAUUGUGCCCGUAGCCGUUUUAUCCAACGAAUUGUGGGAUGGUAGAUUGCUGAGAACAUGGGCUUUUGUAGACCAGGUACCACAAGUCAUCAAAGUGACCGAGACCAAGUCUGGAAUCUAUGUUGGUACUGGCGGUGACCAGGAACAGAGCUGGGUAAGCCAAGCUGAUAUAGAAGCCACAAACGGUGUGAUUCACGCAAUUGACAAACUGAUUCCACUGCCAUCUUACAUUGAUGCAACACUGCAAGCAAACAAAGAUACAAAGGAUUUCUACGACAAGAGCGUAACUGCUGAAAUCAAUGACAAUCUCAAGUAUUCCUGUGGUAUCACUGUGUUUGCUGUCCAAGAUGAUCAGUUUGGCGAUUAUCUCUCUCCUGUUGAAAAGCGCUACCUGAGCCAGCCUGAAGGCAAAAAUGAUCUUGCUCGUAUUCUCAAGCAUCAAAUUGCAACCAAGAUAUACUACAGCGACGAGUUCCCUGAAGGCAACUCCACUAUCAAGACAGUCGAAGGCACUGAAGACCUCGAUGUCUAUGUAGAGAACAACAAAGGUGCUCCCUCUGCUAUCCAAGUCAAUGGUGUUCGAGUCAUCAGAAGUGACAUUUUGGCUGCUAAUGGUGUUGUACAUGUUUUGGAAAAGCCAAUUCUUCCCAAGCAUAAGAGUUUCUUUGGAUCCAGUGCUCGUAAAUCGUUAAUUGGCAUGAACUGCACUCGUUUUAUCAAGCUGUUCGAUAAGCAUGGUCUGGGCGCUUAUUUGGAUGACAAUGAGAACGAUGUAACAACAACUAUCUUGGCUCCCUCCAAUGAAGAUAUGUUACCUCCCUCCUCCAAAAAGGAAAUCAAGUCUUGGCUCAAGUACCACCUUGUUCAUGGUCGCUGGGAUGUCAAUGACCUUCAUGAUGGUCAAUUACUGGAAACUGAGACUCAUCAGGAUUUGGGCGAGAAGUCUUAUCAACGCAUCGCUGUUCAUCGAGAGGAUUUGACCAAGCCUAUCCAUUUUGGCAGAUCGUCUGUUAUUGGCGACCCGGUGUAUGUGGGUGAUAAUUUGAUUAUCUAUCAUAUUGCUGAGUCCCUUGUAUUACCUCGAGAUCCACUCAGCCGAUUACCUGUCAAUUUGGAUUUGUCAACAUUUGUAGCUACCCUGUACGCAUCUGGCCAAGACAGUGUCAUUGCUAAAGCCCAUGAUAUCAGCUUGUUUGCUCCCACAAAUGAAGCCUUCUCUCGUUUAGGUCUCCUGGCAAGAUAUUUGUUGCAACCCGAGGCAAAAGACAAGCUCACUCAGGUGGCUAACUAUCAUGCUGUUCGUGGUGUCUUUUACACAUCUGAGAUGAAGGAGGGCGAACAUCGAGAACCUACAUUAUCUUCUGGUGCUGAAAUUAACCUCAACAAGACUAAAGAAGGCAUCUUUGUACGUGGUAGUGGUGCUGCAGAUGGUUCUGAUCGCACUGUUAUUGGCAAAGUCAUCAAGAGCGACAUGCUGACAUCCAAUGGUGUCAUUCAUACUAUUGACCGCGUUCAAUUACCAAGCACUUUGGAAGUAACCAACAAGAACCUUUUAUCUGUUGAAGGCACAAAUAGUUUCCUCAGACUCUUGGAACGCUGCGAUUUAGCCAAAGAUGUCUUGGAACACUUGGAUCCCAAGAAACCCUACACUAUAUUGGCUCCCAGUGAUCGUGCAUUCGGCAAAGAUGGCCUUUCUGCUUUGUAUGAUAACCGUGAAUCUCUCAUGAGAGUUGCCAAAUUGCACAUUCUUCCCGUUGCAUUACCUCUUUUGGACCCUGGUGAGGCUUCCAGUCCAUCUGCUUAUGGUACCUUCACAUCACAAAAGCAAGACAAGGAGCACAGAGGUAUCGGGUAUACUGGCACUGACUUCCCUACCUUACUUGGUGAGAACAACAUGGUUACGAUCAGUCGAAAUGUUGCUGGUGGUUAUUAUGUCAAAGUCAAGGGCAGUAUCACACAAGAAAGUGCUGAUGUGAUCAAUUAUGGCCGUUCUACUACUGGUGGUGGUGUCAUUGAAAUUGACCGAGUUCUUGUUCCUAAGCGUGAGUACCGCCAUCGUGGCAUGGCUUGGUGGGAAAUUGCAUUGAUUGUCCUUGGCUCCAUCGUCGGUGCAGUAUUUCUUGCUUUCUCCCUCUAUCUUGGCUGGAGAUGGUACCAAGCUCGUCGUGACGGAAGAAUUCAGUUACAAGGCCAAGACUAA